AUGGGAAGCGACGAGGAGAAAGCGUCGCAGUUGGCUGCGGACCAUGUUGACGAUGUCUCGAAGAACGUCCCUAGCCCGACAGAUAUCGAUGAGGAUGAGGAGUUCUCUCGCCAGGAGCAGCGCAAGAUCAUUCAUCGCAUCGACGCCCGGCUGGUGGUGAUAUGUGGUGUGGGAUAUCUCAUCAGUCUGAUGGACAGGACGAACACCUCGGUGGCUGCCAUCGCUGGUAUGACAAAGGACCUAGGUCUUAAGAUAGGAUUCAGAUACUCGAUCAUUGUUCUGGUAUUCUUCGUUACAUACAUCAUUGCUCAGCCAAUUGCCACGGUAGCCAUCAGGAAAAUUGGCCCAAGAAUAUUCAUAUCAGCGAUCAUAUUCACAUGGGGUAUCAUUCUAAUUGGCUUUGGCUUCGUCAAGAACUGGCAAGAAAUGGCUGGUCUCCGAGCACUAUUAGGAUUCCUUGAAGCUGGGUUCUUCCCUGGAACAGUUUAUCUGCUAUCUACUUGGUAUUGUCGACAUGAGGUCCAAAAGCGAUACUCUGUCUUCUACAUCAUUGGCGCCGUUGCUGCUUCGCUCUCUGGUAUCCUUGCCUUUGGCCUCAGCCAUAUGGAAGGGAUUCAGGGCAUCCGUGGCUGGAGGUGGAUCUUCAUCAUGGAAGGAGUGAUUUCGAUCAUGGUUGCUUUCCUAAGUUAUAUCUUCCUCGUUAACUUCCCCGAUCGAGCCUCGGGCGCAUGGGGAUUUCUCAACGAGAAAGAGCUCGCCUUCGUCAUUAGACGAGUCAAUCGUGAUCGCGGUGAUGCGCACUUCGAGCCCUUCGCCUUGGGGAAAUUUCUCCGUCCAGCCUUAGACUUGAAGAUCUGGGGCUUUGCAAUGAUUUUCUUCUGUUCUACGACAGUCUCCUACGCAAUUGCAUAUUUCCUACCAAUCAUUCUAGCCGAUGGGCUAGGAUUUGAUGUCGGUCAGUCACAGUGCCUAAUCGCACCACCGUACGGUUUCGCUGCAAUCCUGAUGUACUCGUCGUCCUGGUUUGCGGAUAAAUACCGUACACGCGCACCGAUCAUCGUCUUAAACACCAUCAUCACCCUAAUUGGUCUGCCAAUGAUGGGUUUCGGAAAGGGCAACGUCUUGAGAUAUGCGGGAGUCUUCCUCGCUACUGCAGGGGCAAACGCCAAUGUCCCAGCUGUCAUGGCAUACCAAGCCAAUAAUAUCCGUGGCCAAUGGACUAGAGCUCUUGCUAGUGCUACCUUGGUUGGGUUCGGAGGAAUUGGCGGCAUUGCUGGUAGUUUGGUAUUUAGAUCCCAGGACGCUCCAGCUUAUAUCCCUGGAAUAUGGGCUGCAAUCACGUCCCAGCUAGUUCUUCUCCUCGUAGCCGCGGCGCUGAGCUUGCAUUUCUGGAGAUCUAAUCGCAAGGCAGACCGGGGCGAGCUGAUGAUCGAGGGGUCUCCAUCUUUCCGAUACACCCUUUGA